AUGUCGAACAGUACUGCCCUUCCCAAUCCAAAUACUCCGCUGGCAUACCUGCCUCCUACCCUGGCCAACCAGCUUGAAGUCUCCAGGUAUAUGUAUGCGGUGACUCUCGGGGCUUAUGCCUGGGAUCUCGCCAUCAACAUAGGCAAUGACUACAAAUUACUUUUCCACUACAAAGUGAAUUUGCCAACAGCGGUUUACUUUCUGUCGAGGCUAUUCACUCUCAGUUAUAUCCUAACCAGUUUUAUCUUUCAAGUUGGCAGUGUUCCAAAUUGCCAGGCUCUUCAGAUUUCUUUGGGAGUCUGCAUGGCGAUUUCUCAGUCUACCACAGCCAUACUCUUUCUUUUGAGGGUGCUCGCCGUAUGGCAUGGGAACAAGCUCGUUUGUGGAGCGUUUAUUUUCUUGUGGGUCGCGGUCGCGGUAGCCUCUGCCACUGUCCCGUUCGGCACCAAGGGCGCUCACAUUGGACCAACUCAGCAGUGUAUCAACGUACAAGUGGCAGGCUACAUAGAGUCGACGCUGAUAAUGGGACUUGUCAACGAUAGCACUAUUCUCACGGCCAUUUCGUAUCGCAUCCUGAGGAAUUGUGUCCCCGAAGAUUCGUUCAAAGCUCGCAUGCGGACAUUCAUGGGCGGCGGCGGGUCCAUCCCACAACUUUCUAAGGCCUUGCUACGAGGUGGUCAGCAUUACUACUUGAUAGCUGUAUGUGGCAACAUUGUGAUCCUUAUCCUUUUGAAGGAUCCCGGUGUGCCAGCCGUGUACCAUGCCAUGUUAAGCGUUCCAAUCUUUGCUCUCAUCAAUGCUAUGGCGUGCAUCGUCUUCCGGAACAUCAAGUUCGGACACAUGUCUGCAGAUGGCACUGCACAUUUUCCUUCCAUAGAUCAGUCACGCUCGCACCCUAACCGACCAACUGGCAACUCUCUACCCCUUCAUUUUCGCAAUGUAUAUCAUCGGGAUGGAGACAUGUUCACCAGGAACAAUGUCACGGAGGUCAAGGUCUCACAGGCCGUAGAAUCGGAUGAUGAGCAGAAUGGUUCCUCGCUGUCGAAAGGAGUUAGAUACGACGAGAGCACGUAGGCUUGUACCCCAGAAAUCCUUGCGUUUGCGUGCAGAGUUGCUGGAGGGCUAGAUGGACGCAUUUGUGAUAUAU